AUGGCCGGCAAGCCAUUAGCUCCGGCUAAUGGUCUUCCCCCUCUUCUCAGUUCGAGAGGGAGGGAAGGUGGGGGGAAUGUGAGUGGUUCGGGUGAGGGUGGUGAUGGAGCGGCUGCCCUUGGUGAUUUGGGGGGUGGUGAGUGGCCUGUUCUUUGUGGUUCUGUAGGUGGUGCUGAUGUUUUGGGCUUGGAUGAUUCGGUGGUGCAAGGUGAAGGCAAUGGUGGUAGGCUGCUGCAUGUUGGAGGUCCUUCGGCUGUGGGGGAAAAUAUUCUUGUUUUGGAUGAUCCGUUGGAGGAGGGUGCUGGUUCUGGAGUUCUUUUACAGCAACAGGAAGGUUCUUCAAUUGGUGCAUAUGAGAAGACAAGGAAGAAUGUUGGUGUUCCAUGUCUUGAAGAGGAUAAAGUUAAAGUUCUUGAAGGGGGGCCGUGGUAUGUGCAGAGGAGACCAUUGAUUUUGCGCCCUUGGAGCCUGAAGGUGUGCUUGGAAAGAGUUGAUUUAUGCUCAGUACCGGUUUGGGUGUCCCUUCCAAAUCUUCCGUUUCAUUACUGGUCUGUUGAUGCAUUGAGUUCGAUUGGGAGUGUGAUUGGGAAGCCUAUUGUCACCGAUAAAAUGACCCGGUCUAUGGAGAGGCUGUCUUAUGCCCGAUUAUGUGUGGAAGUUUCUGCAGAUAGGGAUCUUCCCUUUUCUGUUCCAGUCUAUGGAGAUGACGACUCAAAUAUGAAUAAGUCACGGUCUAAGAAGGAAUGGCGAGUGAAAGGUGUUGCCAGAAAUAAUGGAGGUGCCAUGGGUGGCAGCAAUGGAAACGGGCAGCAGGUUCAUAAUGAUGAAGUAGGAGAUGAACAGCCGGAUAGUGGAGCUGGUGCAAAUACAAAGGGAUUGGAUUCGGUUUCCUUAAUUUCUAUCAAGAAUAAAGGGAAUGGGAGUUUCAAAUCGGCAGGGAAUCAUCCGAAGAUCAGGGAGCUGUCUCAAUCUAAUCCUUUUGCCAUUUUGGAAGAUCUUACGGAGGAGGUGCAUUAUGAUCCUGAAGAUUUAAUGCUGGAUUCGGAAUCAUGUGCUAUUUUAUUAGGGAAAGAAUUACUUGAGGGAGCAGAUUUUGAGGAGGAUAUUCAACCCAAUCCGUUAGCAAUUAUUCCUAAGGAGAAAGAUGGAGUCAUUGGAGAGAUUUGUGGGGAGAAUCCAAUCUAUAAUGGUAACCAUGUUAGUAUGGAGCUGGCUAAGGCAAAAUCCGUGGAAGAUAUUAGAGAAGCAACAGAUUCUGCUGAGGUGGCGCCUAAUCAUUCGAUGAGACAAACUCCAAUUCAAAUUCAAAGGAAUGGUGCGGCCCAUAUGGAAGGAGAUAACUUAUUGGAGGAUUCUAUUCUAUCAAAUGAGAAGGAGUCAGCCCCUAUGAAAUCUCUCACUAAUUUUGAUAAACUUAGAAAGCAAUCUGCUGAGAUUCGUGCAGCUCAAGGGCAAAUGGGGAAAGGUUGGGACCCGAAUUUUUAUGAUGUGGUUUUGGUGCAAAAAUCCAAACAGUUCAUACAUGCUAAGGUGUCAAUUGUGGGUACCUCGGUGUUUUUCUUUUGUACUGUUGUUUAUGCUCUUAAUUCUAUGGUGGCUAGGAAGGAAUUGUGGGAGGAUGUUGGGGCUAUUGCUAGUGCCAUUAUUAACCCUUGGGCUGUACUAGGGGAUUUAAAUGUGAUUCGAAGUAACAAUGAAAAAAUUGGAGGGGACCCUGUUCGGAUUGAAGCUAUGGAUGAUUUUAAUUCGUUUAUAGACGGUGCUGGGCUUCUAGACUUGAAAUGGAAAGGGGAGACUUUGACCUGGAAUAAUAGACAAGUGGGAGAUGCAAGAAUUUGUUGCAAGCUUGAUAGGGUUCUGGUCAAUUUAGCUUGGAAGGAUGUGUUUAGAUCCUCUGAUGCAACCUUUUACCCUCCUAGGCUUUCUGAUCAUUCUCCAAUGGUGGUGGCUGUGGGGUGGGAGCAGCCUAUGAAUUUGGCUCUUAAUCCCAUUCUUAAGUUUGCGGCCAGAUUGAGGAAUGUCAAAAAAGGGUUGAGGAGCUGGAAUAAGGAGUGUGUGGGGGAUGUUUUUCUUGUAGUAAAGGAGGCUGAGGCUGAUUUGUUUCAGAUCCAGAGGCAGCUUAGUGAGCACCCUGAUGAUCCGAAUUUGGUGCUGAUGGAGACACAGGCUAAAAAGAAACUUUGGGAGGCUUUGGCUACUGAAGAGAAAUUUUUGAAAGAAAAGUCAAGGGUGAAACACAUUCAGUUGGGGGAUGGUAAUAAUAGCUUUUUCUACAAAUCUCGUGGUUUGUCUCAAGCUCAUCAGGAAAGCCUUACUAGGAGAAUCUCUAAUAAGGAGAUUAUGGAGGUUGUGUUUGUUUUUAAGAAUUCUAAGGCUCCAGGACCAGAUGGUUUUGGAGCAGCCUUUUACAAGCAUUCAUGGGAGAUUGUGGGAGAAGAUUUGACUCUGGCUGUAAAGUGGUUUUUCAUGAAGUCUUACCUUCCUAGUUCGGUUAAUGCUACUUUUAUCUGCCUUAUCCCUAAGACAGGAGAUGUAACCUCAUUUGCGGGAUAUAGGCCUAUAGCCCUUUGCAAUCUCUUUUACAAAAUCAUUACCAAAGUGUUAUCCAAUAGGCUGCAAGGAGUGAUUGGGCAAGUGGUGAAUGACUGUCAUGCUUUCAUCAAGGGCAGGGAGGCUUCAGCUGUUGAUCUCAGUCCUUCAGGGGUGUUGUAUCUAUUGGUCAAGAAUCUUUGGUUUGCCUGGUGCUCUCAAGACAAAGCUGGAGUCUAUGUUCUCGAAUUUUCUAUGGGCUGGCCCAUCUCUUCAUCGUAA